AUGAAUCCCAAAGCCAUCGAUACUUUGACUGUCGAUGCAUCACAAGAUAACCAAGAUACCGAGAAAAACUCGAAGCAACUCGACGGCAAGUGGGGCAGCUGUUCUUGUUCCUCUGACGGAAGAGUACUGACUUGUUUCAAAGACCAUGCUUCGGAUAGCGAUGUUCUCUCGGCCGCCGGUGUCGACAUGAGCGGUGAUGACCCGAAUCUACCUUGUCUCACGUUGAGGAUGUGGUUUAUCGGUAUUGGCUUUUGCAUCAUCGGUAGUGGCGUAAAUACCCUCUACACUUUCCGGUUCCCAUCCGUCUCCUUGUCUCAAUCGGCGAUCCAGUUCUUGGCCUAUCCCGUAGGCAAAGCCUGGGAGCUCGUGGUGCCAGACUGGGGUGUCACAGUAUUUGGCACACGUCACAGUUUGAACCCGUGUCGGUUUAAUCACAAGGAGAAUAUCUUGAUCUAUAUUCUUGCCAACUUGAGCUAUAUGACGCGUCUUAGUGCCGAUGUUUUGACUGAACAACGAGUAUUUUACGGACUCGAGGCUGGUUGGGGCUUUGAGUUGAUGAUCACACUGGCCACCAUUCUGUUUGGCUUUGGCUUUGCUGGUCUCGCCCGUUCCCUCGUCGUAGAGCCGCGUGAGUUGGUCUGGCCUGGGGUUUUAGGCAAUACUGCUCUCAACUCCGCCCUUCAUGGAGGGAAUAGCAAACCAAACGUUUCGAGUCACGCCCAUACUUGGAGGUCGACGCGUUACAAAUUCUUUCUCUGGACGUUUGCUGCUGGGUUUAUUUGGUAUUGGUUUCCCGACCUGAUCUUUCCUGCUCUUGGCUAUUUCACUUGGAUCUGCUGGAUUGCGCCAAAGAACGCAGUUGUCAACCAAGUUUUUGGUAUGAAGAGUGGAAUGGGGCUGCUCCCUUUUACCUUUGACUGGAGCCAAAUCUCGUAUAUCGGCUCGCCUCUCAUUGUCCCAACCUGGGUGAUCUUCAAUAUCCUUGCUGCUGUCGUUUUCUGGAUAUGGAUCAUAACCCCCGCCUUAUAUUACUCCAACACGUGGCUAUCAGCUUACCUCCCUUUGCAAAGCAAUUCAAUAUUCGACAACACCGCCAAGGUGUACAAUGUAUCAAGGGUGAUAAAUGCGAAGAAUGGCUUCACCUUUGAUGAGGCCAAGUUUGCUGCCUACUCAGACAUCCGAUUGCCCGUAACAUAUGCGCUGAACAAGUUUGGUCUUGCUUUUGCAACAUUUGCGUCUCUUUUCACAUGGCUAUUUCUUGAAAAGCGACGUGAACUUGGCAGCCUUGUGCGGCAAGUCCGAGAAGCAAAAUUAUGGCCGAAGCGAGACUCUGAUACACAUGAAAACACUGCGGAGCAAGACUGGUCUUCACAUUAUUCACAAGCACCUUUGUGGUGGUACGGCGCUGCCACUCUUCUCGGAUUAUUUUUUGCCAUGUUUUCUUGUGAAUACUACGCCGUACAACUCCGUUGGUACGGCGCGAUUCUAGCUUUUGUAAUAUCCGGUGUUUUUUUCAUCCCGAUUGCUUGGGUAUUCGCAACCACAAACACAAAAAUUAGCAUUGAGCUCUUCUGCCGCCUGGUUGCUGGAUAUGUUUGGGAAGGGAAAGUCCUUGCUAACAUCUGGUUUUUUUCCCUUGGGUCCAUAUCCACCACCAAAGGUCUUGCCUUUGCGCAGGAUCUUAAGCUCGGGAUUUACUGCAAUGCAAAGCAGAUUCCCCCGCGUCACCUGUUCCUCGUGCAGGCGGUGGGCUUGGUUGUUGGUACUGUUUCCCAAGUCGCGGUGCUGAACUGGGCUCUCAACCAUAUACCAAAUAUUUGCACCUCCAAAGCGGCUAAUGGAUUCACUUGUCCAUUCUCUCGCACUCAUUUCAAUACCAGUAUGGUAUGGGGGGCCGUUGGGCCUCGCAAGUUUUUUGCCCCUGGAGCGUCGUAUCGGCCACUUCUUUGGUUCUUCCUGCUUGGAUUUCUUCUACCAAUUGCUGUAUACGGCCUGCGACGUGUGUUUCCCAACGCAAAAUGGUUGCGUCGCGUACAUGUGCCAUUAUUUCUCGGCGGGAUGGGAUACAUUCCGCCAGCCUCAGGCACGAACUAUGGUGCUUGGGUUGUAGUAGGACUCCUUUUUGGCCUCUUGGUAAAAAAGAAUUACAAGACCUGGUGGAAUAAGUAUAACUUUGUGCUUAGUGCAUCGCUGGACUGCUCGACGGCCAUCGCAGGCAUCUUGAUCUUCUUUGCCGUGAUAUAUACGGGGGCAUCAAAAGACUUCUCAUGGUGGGGUACGACGGUGCAUACGCCGCUCCUCGAGCUGAAGGGGCAAGAUGCCAUGCCUCGCGUGGACCGUGUGAUGUUUCGUUGA